CAAGUCCAGUGGCCUCGCUCCGGUGCCGCCGCCCGCGAGCUACGAGGCGGAAGUAGGGCGGCCUCCCCAGGGACCGAGGACGCGGGGUUGCCGGUCGCGGGGCGCCGGCGAGGGGUGCAGGGCUCCUGAAGGGCGCGUGCGCGGCGAUAGGGCUCCGGGGAGGAGAAAGGGCAAGGCCCAGCGAGGGGCCGGUGGUCCAGGCAUCUUGUCUGGAAGAUGCACAAGAGGAAGGGAAUCCCGGGACCCCCGGGCCGAGGCGCGGCCGCCGCCCGCCAGCUGGGCCUACUGGUUGAUUUCUCCUCGGAUGGCCUGAUGAUCCCCGAGGAUGGAGUUAACAAUGAGGAACUGGAGGCCGAGUUCUUGGCUUUGGUGGGGGGCCAGCCCCAAGCCCUGGAGAAGCUCAAAGGCAAAGGUCCACUGCCCAUGGAGGCCAUUGAGAAGAUGGCCAGUUUGUGCAUGAAAGACCUGGAUGAGGAUGAGGGGACAGAUGAAGAGGAUGUGGAGGCUGAUGAUGACCUGCUGGCCGAAUUAAAUGAGGUCCUUGGGGAGGAACAGAAGGCUUUGGAGCCCCACCCUCCUGUGGCCCAGUCGAAGGCCACAGCCCUCAGCCCAGGGGUGGAGGCCACCUUGCAGGAGAGGCUGGCUCUUUACCAGACAGCGAUUGAAAGUGCUAAGCAAGCUGGAGAUGGCGCCAAGAUACGGCGCUAUGACCGGGGACUUAAGACACUUGAAAACCUGCUGGCCUCCGUCCGAAAGGGCAAUGCCAUUGAUGAAGAGGACAUCCCACCACCUGUUGCCAUAGGGAAGGGCCCAGCGGCCACACCCAGCCACACCCCUGUACUUAUCCCGCCAGCCUCUGUGAACCUGCUGGCUCCAGAACCCAGGGUCACAGUGAACCUGCUGGCUCCAGAACCCAGGGUCACAGUGGAGGGUCCUCCUCCUACUGUCCCAGCCUCAUCCCUGGGCUUGGCGAAGCCCCAGCCGCCCCCAGGUCCCUGCAGCACUGGCCCCCUGGCACAGUUGCAGAGCCGCCAACGCGAGUACAAGCUGGCUGCCCUCCAUGCCAAGCAGCAGGGAGAUACCUCUGCUGCCACCAGACACUUCCGUGUGGCCAAGAGCUUUGAUGCUGUCCUGGAGGCCCUGAGCCGGGGGGAGCCUGUGGACCUGUCCCGCUUGCCCCCUCCACCUGAUCAGCUGCCCCCAGACUCAACAUCACCACUACCACAGCCUAUGACUCCUGCCACAGUGCCCUCCAUGCCAGAGGUUCCCCCACCCCCACGGACUCUCCUGGAGGCCCUAGAGCAGCGAAUGGAGCGAUACCACGUGGCCGCAGCCCAGGCUAAGACCAAAGGGGACCAGCGGAAGGCUCGUAUGCAUGAGCGCAUUGUCAAGCAAUACCAAGACGCCAUACGAGCCCACAAGGCUGGCCGAGCUGUGGAUGUGACUGAGCUGCCAGUACCCCCAGGCUUUCCCCCCAUCCAGGGCCUGGAGGCCUCCGAGCCCACCCAGCCGAGCCUGGUGGGGGUCCUGGAAACUGCCAUGAAGUUGGCCAACCAGGAUGAAGGCCCAGAGGAUGAAGAGGAUGAAGAGCCUAAGAAGCAGCCCAACAGCCCUGUGGCCCCCAUGGCUCAGCCCAAGGCUCCAGCAUCAAGGGCACCCCAGCCAGGAUCCACCCCAGCAGCCAAAACAGCCCCCAAAGGCACAUCCACCAGAGCCCAGCAGCAACUGACCUUCCUGGAGGGCCGAAAGAAGCAGCUCCUGCAGGCCGCAUUGCGAGCCAAGCAGAAGAACGACAUGGAGGGUGCCAAGAUGCACCUGCGCCAGGCCAAGGGGCUGGAGCCCAUGCUGGAGGCCUCACGUAACGGGCUGCCUGUGGACAUCACCAAGGUGCCACCUGCCCCUGUCAGCAAAGACGACUUCGCCCUGGUCCAGCGGCCUGGCCCUGGUCUAUCUCAGGAGUCUGCCCGGCGCUAUGGUGAACUCACCAAGCUCAUAAGGCAGCAGCAUGAGAUGUGCUUGAACCACUCUAACCAGUUCACUCACCUGGGCAACAUUGCUGAAACCAGCAAAUUUGAGAAACUGGCAGAGGACUGUAAACGGAGCAUGGAGACUCUGAAGCAGGCUUUCGCCCGAGGUCUCCCCACGCCCACUGCCCGCUUUGAGCAAAGAACUUUCAGUAUCAUCAAGAUCUUCCCUGACCUCAGCAGCAAUGACAUGCUCCUGUUCAUCGUGAAGGGCAUCAACUUGCCCACGCCCCCAGGGCUGUCCCCCGGUGACCUGGAUGUCUUCGUUCGGUUCGACUUCCCCUAUCCCAAUGUGGAAGAAGCUCAGAAAGACAAGACCAGCGUGAUCAAGAACACAGACUCUCCUGAGUUCAAGGAGCAGUUCAAACUGUGCAUCAAUCGUAGCCACCGAGGCUUCCGAAGGGCUAUCCAGACCAAAGGCAUCAAGUUCGAAGUGGUCCACAAGGGGGGGCUGUUCAAAACUGACCGGGUCCUGGGCACAGCCCAGCUGAAGCUGGAUGCCCUGGAGACAGCAUGCGAGGUCCGGGAGAUCCUUGAGGUACUGGAUGGUCGCCGGCCGACUGGGGGGAGGCUGGAGGUGAUGGUCCGGAUUCGAGAGCCACUGACAGCCCAGCAAUUGGAGACAACGACUGAGAGGUGGCUGGUCAUUGACCCUGUGCCAGCAGCUAUGCCCACACAGGUUGCUGGGCCUAAAGGGAAGGCUCCUCCUGUGCCUGCCCCUACGAGGGAGCCAGGAAACAGAUCCACCCGGCCCCUGCAUAGCCUCAGUGUGCUGGCCUUCGACCAAGAGCGUCUAGAGCGGAAGAUCCUGUCCCUCAGGCAGGCACGGCGGCCAGUGCCCCCGGAGGUAGCCCAGCAGUACCAAGACAUCAUGCAACGCAGCCAGUGGCAGAGGGCACAGCUGGAGCAGGGGGGCCCGGGCAUCCGGAGAGAAUACAUGGCCCAGCUGGAACGUCAGCUGCAGUUCUACACAGAGGCUGCCCGGCGCCUGGGCAAUGAUGGCAGCAGGGAAGCUGCAAAGGAGGCACUCUAUAGGCGGAACCUGGUUGAGAAUGAGCUGCAGCGGCUUCGUAGGUGAGGGAUCGAUCGGGUUUGUGGCCCCUGGAGAUCGGGGAGCAGGCCCGAGGCCCUGGUGCUGGGAGGAGCUGACACAGCUGCAGUCUCAGACCAGACAAGCAGACAAUCAGCAGACAAUCAGCUCUGGAUGGAUGCGUCCCCUGCUGGGCCCACCCAGCCUACCUGGAGCCUCCCUGGCAGUGGGCGUCAGGGAAGGUGCCUGCCCCUUGCCCAGGCCUGGCUUGGUGGGCCUGGGAGAGUCCCGUUUGCACAGCCCAGGGGUAUCCAGCCCCUGGCCUGCCCCAGAGGUGGGAGGGUGGCUAGGACCAAGCCCCAAGGGCCCCUGCAAGCACUUUACUUCCUGUCCCUCCCUAGCCUUAACCCUGAAGCCCAUCCAUACCCCAAAGAAGCCUCUGAGGCCAGCCAGAGCCUGGCUGACUCCCCAGGGGGGUGCCCUGACCCCGCUGGGCCCUAGGGUUGACACAUGGAAUAAACAGCCAGGGCCACACCUGGCUCACUUGGUCCUGCUCACUCC